GUGGAAGUAGAGUUUGCACGGAAGCUCUACGAUCCGGUAGUGAUAUCGAAAUACGUCAAUUUAUGAUGAGAUGCGCGUCAGAUUCCUUUCUUUUUGGGAAGUUUGUAGAGAUCUUCGUUUUUUCCCGAUUAUUCUACUUACCGUGGCAUCUAUUUUGAGGCUCAGGACGAACCAUGUAGUUCUGGGGAUACCACGCACAGAGAGCAUUGCAAAUGCACAAUUUCAAGUACUAUUCAUCACUACUUCUUCUAAUACCCGGCGACGUGUUCAUUUGGUUCAUGCAGAGUUUCACGCUUGGACUGCUCUGCUUCGGCUUGACGCAGUUGAUUCCGCCACCACUGACUGCGCUUUUUUGCAUUAUCGUCUGUUCCAGUACGAUGAUCACGAUGAAUGCGCGAACCUUCAAAGACGAGUUCCGCAAAGCUGUGGCAGAAGCAGAGGACAAAUUGAACGAACUGAAAGGGAAAAUCGAAGGUUACCGUUACUGGGUUCGUGAAACCUUAGCCUCUCUAGUAAUACCUUUCUCCGGAGGCCAGUACAUGUUUCCGAAAUUGAGGAGUUCUUUGACGCAGA